GACAGAAAAGAAACAGCGCUGUCAGUUGGAGAAAUAAAGAGAGAGGGGACAGGGACAGAGGGAGGAAUCGGGCAGCAGCAGUUAGGGAUACGAAGGAGGAGGGACCUGGACAAAGGAAAAGUAUGCUUUAAACAAAUGAACCGAGGGACACACCUGGAGUCAACCUACUGGAGGCUGAACGGACAGCUGACACAGUCAGACGGGCCUCUGCCUUUCUGACUUUACAACAUCGCAAAUGCGGACAGAACAAAAAAGAGUGAAUAAAGUCAGAAAAAAGGAGGCAAAUGAGAACGGCAACAUCACACCUUGAGGAAAGCUGUCAAAGAAAAGCUUCCAGAGAAUUACAAGAGAGGACGAGGGUCACCAAGAGCCAGCUGAAGAGAAGCUCCACAGACAAGAGUAAAGCCUCGGAGGACUUUUUGAAGGUCUCAAACCCAUCCAGCGAUAUUCCCGGCUGCCCUUCGUCAUGGCCUCUGUGGGGAUGCAGAUGCUCGCCAGCGCCCUGUGCCUCCUGGGUUGGGCAGGGGUCAUCAUCAGCUGCUUAUUCCCCAUGUGGCGGGUCACAGCCUUCGUGGGGAGCACCAUCAUCACCUCCCAGAUCAUCUGGGAGGGCAUCUGGAUGACCUGCGUAGUCGAGAGCACGGGGCAGAUCAUGUGCAAACCCUACGAGUCUCUCCUGGCCCUCAGCGCCGACCUGCAGGCCGCCAGGGCUCUCACCGUCUUCGCCAUCGCCACGGGAGGCGCGGGCCUCGUUCUGGCCUUCGUCGGGGGGAAGUGCACUCGCUUUUUGGAUGAAGAAGGCGGCGGGGCCAAGGGCAAGGUGGCUGUAACCGCAGGUGCGCUUUUGAUUGCCACAGGGUUGCUGUGUCUGAUUCCCACAUCGUGGGCGGCCGCGGCGGUGGUGAAGAACUUCUACAGCAACACGAUAGACGCCCAGCGGAGGGAGAUCGGCGCCUCUCUCUACAUCGGCUGGGGAGCGUCCGUCCUGCUCAUCCUGGGAGGGGGUUUGUUCAUCAGCUCAGCGCGCCCCCUCGAUGCCCACAGCACAGACAAGAGCCCUUCUGUCCGCUACCUGGUGGUCCCCAGCAGGGCGAGCAUCCAUCGCGGCAGAGCACCGACGUCUCAGGGCGUCAGGACGGCGCCUCCCGGCUCCCAAAGCUCAUCGACGAGGCCACCGCUGUACACAAGGCCCCCGUGGGAGGACGGGCCUGAGCAGGACUCCCGGCCGGGGUCAGAAAGGUCUUGGGCGCCAUCGAUGAAGACUAAAAGGCCGGAGUCAACAAAGUCUGAAUACAGUGAGGCGCUGUCUACAAAGUCUCAGCUGAAACGAGCAGAACUGGAAGAGGUCUCAUCAGUGGCGGCUGAAAAUGAAGGUGAAAAUGAAGACGCAUCCUCAAGUCCAGGAAGAACAUACAUAUGAUACGACACACACACACACACACAUGCAACACACAUGUAUAUCAGGGCUUACAGCAGCAAUACUAAAGAAUAUAUGUGUUAUUUAGAAGUAGUACUUAUUUUGUGACAAUUUACUGAGGAAAAGUAAUUCAUUGUAUUUACAUAGUUCACUGUGCAUGUGGCUUUGAUACAAAUAUGGAAUGAAGGAGGACUACGUCCGGAAUAUGAUGGAGAAUAGCAGUUUUAAAUAUAUUGUCAUGUGCACUAAAACUGAACCAAAACAGUAACAAACUGAAUCCAGGUGCAAGUGAAGAAUGUGAUCUGUGUUAUCAUUUAACACAGACUUAAUUAGCUCAGACUUUGUAGCUUGUUUGUUUCUGAGGAAAAAAAACAACAUACGUAAUGUCUAUUGAUACCAAUGCUUAUUUUAAUUGAAGGAUGCUAAUUUGAUGAGAUAUACAGCCAUGAAAAACUACUUACACUUUAUAGAUUGCGAUUUUGUCAUAACUGUGAAAUUGAAUUCUUUGUAUAUUUUAUUUGUGCAGAUAUUUUUGACAGAACGUUGGAUAUAUUCUUUCAAACUUUUUAAUAAAUGACUGUAAUUCAAUUGAGACGCUCGUUUGCCUUUUCCAAAUGUAUUUGGCGGGCUACCACAUGUCCCAUGGCCUUCAAACCCGCCUUCCCGUUAAAAACACAGUGUAAGCUGAGCUAUUGGCCUCUUGUCAAACUGGUUUGACAGAGAGUGUCUAGUGCUG